CAGCCGUUUCCCGUUAUUCUCAAGACCGCCAGCAAUUCACACUACAGUAUAUUCUUAUCAAAGUUAAUAUUCCCACAGAGACCUGACAAUGACAGAGCAAGUCAACAACUUCCCACCUCUGCCCAAGAUUUUGCGUAUCAAGCCGUGUUUCUACCAGAAUAUUGAUGGGGAAAUACCCCUGCCUUACCGCCAGAUUGUUCACAGAGUGUACAAGCUUUGGAUCUUGUACUCGAUUACACUGUGCGUCAACUUGGUGUCAUGCAUAGCCUGGGUGGCAGGUGGAGGCAGGCCAGUGAAUCUUGGACUUGGUAUCUUAUGGCUCGUGCUGUUCAGUCCUUGCUCAUACACCUGCUGGUUCAGGCCGCUUUACAAGGCAUUUAGGGCUGACAGCUCAUUUAACUUCAUGACGUUCUUCUUCAUUUUCUUCCUUCAAUGUGUUCUUGCCCUCAUUCAGGCUCUGGGAAUAAACAACUGGGGUGCAUGUGGCUGGAUAGCUACAGUGAUGUUUUUCAGCACUAACCUGGGCUCUGCUGUGUUUAUGCUGUUCUCUGCAUUGCUCUUCACGGUAGACACCCUGCUUAUGGGACUGGUCCUGAUCAGGAUUCACAGGUUAUACCGAGGCGGUGGAGGCAGUCUUCAGCGCGCCCAGGAAGAAUGGAGCACAGGUGUGUGGAAAAAUGCUCCUGUGAGAGAAGCAGCCUUCAAUGCCAUAUCGGAGACUGGCCCGAGUCUCCCCCAGUACCCUGCUUCUGUACCCAGCUACCCAGAAAACAGACCAUGGUGAUAGAUCACAGUGGACUUCAGAUGGAUCCAGGAUGUUCAAUUCUCUCUGCGCAUUAUUCAUCUCAAUCAUUUUAUGCUUCUGUGUGAACAGCAUCCCUGUGAAAUGCUGAUAAAGGACUAAAAAAAAUUCCUCGUAUACUGGUAUACAGACUGGAUCACGAAAGUGGCCAUGUACGAAACAUCUCCGUUACAUUCCUUUUGAUGUACUUGUACAUUACUAUAUAAACACUAUCGAUUUGAUUGAUGCUGUUCACACUGAAGUAGUGGCAGCUUUUCUAGAGCCUUUACUUCAAAUAUGUGAAAUUUAAUACUUUAAAUCACAACAAUUAUAUUUAUUUUGCCAAAUGAUGCCUUACAUAACAAAAUUCCCACAUUGCAGCCCCCAUGAAUUGUUUUCAAUUUUUUAAAAAGUAUUUUGUUUGAAUCUGUCAAUUUUUUUAAUUUGUCUAGCCUUUAAAUUCAAUUUAGAUGUGCAUAGGAGUUGCGUGAUUUUCAGCUUGCCAAUAACAUUUUUUCCCAUCUAA